AUGGAAUUCUGUAGAGGGCAUCAAUGUCUUUCUUGGUCUACUAGAAUCAAGAUAGCUGUUGAUACUGCUAGAGGCCUUUCUUUCUUGCAUGAUGCUAAAAACAAAGUGAUACAUCGAAAUUUGAAGCCUUCUAGCAUUCUUUUGGAUGAGGAUUUUAAUGCCAAGUUGUCCGGCUUCAGUCCCGCUAAAGAUGGGCCACCUGAUGAUAAGACUCAUGGGUCCACUCGAGUUAUGGGUACAUGUGGCUACAUUGCACCGGAAUACCUUCCUACAGAAUUACUAUCUGGCCGUUGGGGUUUUGAAAUAUCUGCUGAUGACGAAUAG